CGGGCUCUCUGGGCGUCGACUUCGUCUUGAUGAAACGCGUCAACAAUCCCCCCUAGCUGGCGCCUUUGAUGAAGGACGUGACAACACCAGGACAGGCGCGCAUUCCUGCCCAGCAAGGUCACGAUGAGAAACGCAUCGUCCGAGGAACGCUGACACCGUUACGUACCAAGGCAGAAGUCCAGGCGAGCACGGAGACAGCGUCUGCAUACAUUGUCGAGGUACCGAAUCAGUCGGCAAGUGAUCUGCUGAAUGUGCUGCGUGGUGUUGUCCCCGCCGAGGUCACAAGUUCGUUGCAGCACUUGCGUCGCUUUGUAAAACCUGAGUUCCUUCCGCGCCAUAUCGGCGUUGCUGGGAGUAACACCAGCGCCGACGGGGAGGCUCGUUCCUUGGCUGAGUCCUCAACCGAACCGCUAUCUUCGCCGCGGCAAGCGAGGUCAACAACAAGCCACGUGUUGGUCUGCCCCACGGCAACGAUUUCUUUAAGUGCCUUGGAGCGGCUCUUUCAGGAUCACGUAGAGCUUUUCAAACCACUGUCUCCGGAAGUGCGAGAGAUCGUAGUACCUAUCUUCGCCCCCACCUCAGCUGAACAAGCGUCCUCCUGGAGUGAGAAAUAUUGGCCAACAAUCUACAGGAAUACCAAUCCCUACGGACCACAUCCUUCGCUGGUCAAACGUGCGGAGCUGGAACUUGUUGCCAACGGCGAUGCUGAUCGCUACGUAAAUCUGGCUCGCUGUGUAGCUGACUGCGGAAGUGAUCAAGGACUUGGCAUAGGAGUUGGCGCCGUUGUUGUGGAACGCGUCAACGGCUCAAAGAAAACGAGGAUCGUCGCAGUAGCAGGCGAUGCCCGCUUUGCAGACAUUGCUCGUCAUGAUUCACCUGAGUGUCCUCAUACACCUGGUCAAGGUUUUUCGGGAAAUGUAAUGGGGCAUGCCGUUCUUAGAGCCAUUGCAAUGGUCGCGCAAAAGAGACGUGUACUUGCACAACUAUCCGAAGGCGUGGCUAGCCCAGUCGAGAACGAGUUUCGUGAUCUGAUAUCUUCAGAGAUCACACAGGAGCCAUGGCCUUUUACUGCUCGUCCGGUAUCUGACUUGGAGGAGCUGUAUUUAAAAGCCGCUGACAAUUUAACACCAAAUGGCUAUCUUUGUCUUGAUCUGGAGAUAUAUCUUACACAUGAACCUUGUGUUAUGUGCGCCAUGGCUAUCUUGCAUUCCCGAUUCAGCCGUGUCGUUUUCGGAAAGCGAGUACCAAAGACGGGCGCUCUCUAUGCUGAACAAGACUCACUUGGGCAUGGUUUAUUUUGGAGGGAUCAACUCAAUUGGAAGUUUUUUGUCUGGCAGUGGCGAGCCCUGGAUGCAGACAUCGACGAAUCGACCUGUAAUGAGGAUAUACAAGCGUAAAUCGGGCACAGAAACGAGUUGGCACUUACGUGACUAGACAUCGAAGUAGCAUAGCCUCCUGACGUUUUACACAAUUUCGGAUCAAAAAUUCAUCGUGAAACUGCCAGGUAAUUUCAUAUGCCUCCCACCCUUCGAUUUACAGCUGAACAAAUCAUAUCGGGCAAAUUGAAGCGAAUAUUAGGAGUGCUCCACCCCGGAAACGUAAGCACAUGAUAUGAACGGCUAUUAGUAGCCAGGAGGUUGUACCGCUACAGUGGUAUGGGUAGCCAGCCAACGGAGCAUAGCCGAAGGGCUUUUGGUUGCCUGCUCAACUCCUAGCAAUAUUUAUCCUGCUUCUGUCCACCUUUACCCCUGCCAACGGCAAAUUGCACAAUGAGAAUACAACCAUGCCUCUAAUGAAUCAGAUGGCGUGAACCAAGAAGCCAAUCUUAGAG